AUGUUCACAUUCUGCUCGCUGCUGGGAGCGCAGUCCGAAUCGUCUGCCUCGCAGUCGCUGCUGGAGCUAGAUGGAGGUGUCAAGGUCUUGAUUGACGUCGGCUGGGAUGAAUCGUUUGAUGUGGCCAAGUUGAAGGAGCUUGAGAAACAAGUCCCUACUCUCUCCAUUAUCCUCCUUACCCAUGCGACAGUAGCACACUUAGCAGCUUUCGCCCAUUGCUGCAAGCACUUCCCUCUGUUCACGCGAAUACCGAUCUAUGCGACCACUCCUGUCAUAUCACUCGGGCGAACACUUCUCCAAGAUCUCUACACUUCGACCCCUCUAGCCUCGACCAUCAUUCCCAAGGAAGCUCUUUCUGAGGCGUCCUACUCCUAUUCACAGUCAAUCUCAACCAGCCAAGACUCCAACAUCCUUCUGCAACCUCCGACUAGCCAAGAGAUCGCAUCAUACUUCUCUCUCAUCCACCCACUGAAAUACUCGCAACCUCAUCAACCCCUACCUUCGCCAUUUUCACCACCUCUCAACGGUCUCACGAUUACGGCCUACAACGCUGGGCAUACAUUAGGAGGGACAAUUUGGCAUAUUCAGCAUGGACUUGAAUCAAUUGUGUAUGCAGUGGAUUGGAACCAGGCUCGUGAAAAUGUAUUGGCUGGUGCGGCAUGGCUAGGAGGAGCAGGUGCUGGUGGAGCCGAGGUCAUUGAGCAACUGCGGAAGCCAACGGCAUUGAUCUGUAGUAGUCGAGGAGGUGAAAGAGUGGCGCUACCAGGUGGACGAACCAAGCGAGAUGAGCUUCUACUGGAUAUGAUCAAGUCAUCUGUCAGUAAAGGAGGGAUUGUUCUCAUUCCCACGGACUCCAGCGCGCGCGUCUUAGAACUGGCCUAUCUAUUGGAGCACGCCUGGCGAACAGAAGACAAAGAUGACGAUAGCCCUCUGAGAACCGCGAAACUCUAUCUCGCAAGCAAGAACAUCGGAGCGACUAUGCGAUAUACAAGAAGCAUGCUUGAAUGGAUGGAUGAUGCCAUCAUUCGAGAAUUUGAGGCGCUGGCCGGUGGUCAACAAUCAAAGCAGGGUGGUGAGCAAGCAGGGAAGGGUUCGGAAUCUGGUCCGUUUGAUUUCAAAUUUUUGCGGCUGCUCGAGCGCAAGGGACAGAUCGAUCAAGCACUGAACGAGACGGAUAAUCUCGGACGCUCAGUUGGGAAGGUCAUCCUAGCAAGUGAUACAUCGUUAGAGUGGGGAUUCUCGAAAGAGGUCUUACGGAGAAUUACGGACGAUAGGCGCAAUCUUGUCAUUCUGACUGAGAGAAUGUGCCCUCCCGAGCAAAGCGGUUCGAGAAUUGGCCUUGCGAGAAUCCUGUGGUCCUGGUGGGAAGAGCGUCAAGAUGGAUUGGCCUCCGAGACGAACGCAAAUGGGGAUAUCCUAGAACAGGUCUAUGCUGGUGGGAAGGAGAUUGAAAUUCGGGAUGCGAAAAGAGUGGCAUUAGAAGGCAAUGACUUGGCUGUGUACCAGCAGUACUUGGCAACUCAGCGCCAACUACAAACAACACUCCAAAAUGGGGGAUCUACAGCACUUGAUUCUUCGGCUGAUGUGGUUGACGAUGCAUCAUCUGAUUCAUCUUCUGACUCGGAAGAAUCCGAAACCGAGCAGCAAGGCAAGGCUCUUAACAUCUCUGCCACGAUGGGCCAAGCAAAUCGGAAGAAGAUUGGGUUGAGCGAUGAGGAUCUUGGCAUCAAUAUUCUACUUCGGCGGAAAGGUGUCCACGAUUACGAUGUCCGGGGGAAGAAGGGUCGCGAAAAAAUGUUUCCUUUGGCCAUUAGAAGGAAACGAAAUGAUGAUUUUGGGGAGUUGAUUCGCCCUGAAGACUUCCUCCGAGCUGAGGAGCGGGACGAGGUUGAUGGUCAGGAUAUGCGUCAACCAGGAAGAUACGACACAAAAGAUACUCUGGGAAUGAAACGGAAAUGGGAUGAUGUUGCAGUACGAAGCGAUCGUCGGAUGUCCAAUGGAAGUAACAAGAGACAACAAAUCGGCAAAGGGCCUCGGCAUGAUCCUGAUUCGACAGAUCUUAGCAAUUUGGCUCCUGGGUUUGACGAUGAGGACAGCUUGGAGGAUGAAGCAGAGGAGAUAAUUGGUCCUUCCAGAUUGGAGUUCUCCACCGAAAGAUUGAGCGUCAAUCUACGGCUCGCGUUCAUCGACUUUGCUGGAUUACACGACAAGCGGAGUUUGCAAAUGUUGAUUCCACUGAUCCAACCUCGCAAGCUCAUUCUUGUCAGCGGCAUGAAAGACGAAACAUUGACUCUUGCCAAUGACUGUCGCAAACUCCUCGCCGCUCAGAUCGGAAGUGCCACGGAGACCGCGGUGGACGUUUACACUCCAAAGAUUGGGGAUGUAGUCGACGCAAGCGUUGAUACGAAUGCCUGGGUGGUAAAAUUAACAGAUGCGCUGGUAAAACGAAUACGAUGGCAGAAGGUCAAGGGUCUUGGGAUCGUUACUGUGACAGGUCGUUUAGAAUCACCCAGGAAUGACGCAGAACUGGAUGGCGGAGGCAGUAACAAAAAGCAGAAGAUGCUCAAGGGAGAGGACGAGGAAACCCCAACACGCGAAGCUGUUGAUGCUGCGACGUCUCGGGUUGAAAUGCCAACCUUGGAUGUCCUUCCAUCUAGCAUGGCUUCCGCAACUCGGUCUGUGGCCCAGCCUCUGCACGUUGGUGAUCUUCGUCUGGCUGAUUUGAGAAAAAUAAUGCAAUCUUCUGGCCAUACCGCAGAAUUUAGGGGCGAAGGAAUCUUACUUAUUGACGGCUCUGUCAUUGUACGGAAG